AUGGUGGUCAAACUUGUAGGUUAUACAUGGUUAGAGCUACCACCUCUCACUGGUAGAAAGCACCAGCUCCGUGUGCACUGUGCUGAGGUAUUGGGAACGCCAAUUGUUGGAGACUACAAGUAUGGGUGGCAAUCUCAUAGGAACUGGAAACAUCUGCCCUCCUCUAAGCUUGAAAGUAACAUGAAUGAGAAGUUUUCCAAGGGAAAUACACUUCAUUUUGGCCUUGAUUUGGAAAGUGGAAGUAUUUCUGAAAAGCACCCUCUCCUACAUCUUCACUGUAGAGAGAUGGUUUUGCCUAAUGUAUUAAUGGCUUUGCAACAUACCCAAUUGUCUUCAGAAUGUGAUCUUACAAAAAUUGAAAGCCUCAAGUUUGUUGCUCCUUUGCCUUCACACAUGCAAAGAAGUUGGGACAUUUUGCAUUCUUGAGCUGUAAUUGGGUCCUCUUGCAAGUUCUUUAGUUGUAUUUCUUUCAUGUCGUUGGUCAAUCCAUUUU